AUGAGUCAGCAGAAAGUUUAUGGUGUGACAGGCCCAAUAUCAACAGAUGGGCCUACUGCGGCGGAAAAUAAGUUGAAUGAUGAGUUGAUCCAAGAGUUAAAGAGAGCUGGGACCUUUGAAUCAGAGGAAGAAACGGCAAAUAGAGUAAAAGUAUUGGAAGUAUUACAACAAUUGGCCCAGGAAUUUGUGUUUAAGGUAUCUAGGAAGAGAAACAUGUCUGAAGGUAUGGCCAGGGAUGCUGGUGGUAAAAUCUUCACGUUUGGAUCUUACAGAUUAGGCGUACAUGGCCCAGGUUCUGAUAUUGAUACAUUAAUAGUAGUUCCAAAGCACGUUACGAGGGAAGAUUUCUUUACUGUGUUUAAUGAUAUUUUAAGGUCGAGACCGGAGCUGGAUGAAAUUGCCCCUGUUCCAGAAGCUUUUGUGCCUAUUAUUAAGAUAAAAUUCAGCGGUAUAUCAAUUGACCUUAUUUGCGCACGCUUGGAUAUCCCACAAGUGCCAUUGAACUUGUCGCUAAGCGACAAGAACUUAUUAAGAAACCUCGAUGAAAAGGAUUUAAGAGCGCUAAAUGGUACCAGAGUUACUGACGAGAUAUUAGAAUUGGUACCAAAACCGGCCGCCUUUAAGGUUGCGUUAAGAGCUGUGAAAUUAUGGGCACAGAAUAGAGCUGUGUAUGCUAAUGUUUUUGGAUUUCCCGGAGGUGUUGCUUGGGCUAUGCUUGUUGCUAGAAUUUGUCAACUCUACCCCAAUGCUUGCAGUGCUGUAAUUAUUGCCAGAUUUUUUCACAUUUUAACAAGAUGGAACUGGCCACAGCCGGUUCUUUUAAAACCAAUUGAAGAUGGGCCAUUGCAGGUGCGUGUUUGGAAUCCAAAAAUUUAUUCACAAGACAGGUCACACAAGAUGCCUGUUAUCACGCCUGCAUAUCCGUCGAUGUGCGCCACCCACAAUAUAAGUGAAUCAACGAAAAAAGUUAUUUUAAGUGAACUACAAAGAGGUAUUGAGGUAACUACAGAUGUAUUUUCAAACAAGAAAACGUGGGCGGAUUUGUUUCAAAAGCAUGACUUCUUCUAUAAAUAUAAAUUCUACCUCACAGUCAUGGCCUCUACUAAGGGAACUGAUGAGCAGCAUCUAAAAUGGAGCGGACUGGUCGAGAGUAAGUUAAGGCUAUUGGUACAAAAACUCGAAGUUCUAUCUGGUAUUAACUUGGCUCAUCCAUACACCAAACCAUUUGAGUCGACAUAUGCUUACGAUACUGAAGAACAGUAUAAGGAGAUAUUCGACAAUUACGGGACACAUAAGACAGAAGAUGUUUUGAAAAAAUACACGCAAAUAACAGAUGAAAAUAGGGAUGAUGAAUGUCUGAAAGACAAAGAGAAGGUGCAUAUAACCACCAUGUAUAUCGGCUUGAAUAUAGCCGUUGAUGAGAAAAAGAAGAUUGAUAUUCACGUUCCGUGCCAAGAUUUCUUUAACCUGUGCCGUUCUUUCCAGGAAUAUGAAGACACAGAGACUUUUUCAUUGGUGAUCAAAUAUGUCAAGUUAUAUGACUUACCAGAUCAUGUCUAUGAUGCUAACGAUCACAGGCCCGUAAAGCCAAGUAAAAAGAGGAAGAAUGAGAAGGCUGGAAAAAAAGCAAAACGGCCUAAGUCAAGUUCUGCAGCGAUCCCCGAAGGGGAAGAUAGUACAAUUGCCGAUGGAUUUACGGUAUCAGAAGAGCCCCAUUCUUUAACAACUUCAAAAUCAGGGGCAGAAGUGUCUGUCGCUGCUGGUGGAGCAAUGAACUAG